CGGGGGCGCCGGGCGGCCCAUUUCCUCCUCGGAGUCGGACCCGGAGGGAGACAAAGCGACGGCCGACGGCUUCGCGCCUCACGACUCCCCCUGUGUUCGCACUGCUAGCCGCAGAAAUGACUGCUGUCCACACUGGCAACAUAAACUUCAGAUGGGAUCCCAAAAGUCUAGAGAUCAGGACUCUGGCAGUUGAAAGACUGUUGGAACCUCUUGUUACACAGGUUACAACCUUGGUCAAUACCAAUAGCAAGGGACCCUCUAAUAAAAAGAGAGGUCGUUCUAAGAAGGCCCAUGUUUUGGCUGCAUCUGUUGAACAAGCAACUGAGAAUUUUUUGGAGAAGGGGGAUAAAAUUGCAAAGGAGAGUCAGUUUCUCAAGGAGGAGCUUGUGGCUGCUGUAGAAGAUGUUCGAAAACAAGGAGAUUUGAUGAAGAGUGCAGCGGGAGAAUUUGCAGAUGAUCCCUGCUCGUCUGUGAAGCGAGGCAACAUGGUUCGGGCAGCUCGAGCCUUACUCUCCGCUGUUACCCGGCUGCUGAUUUUGGCUGACAUGGCAGAUGUCUACAAAUUACUUGUUCAACUGAAAGUUGUGGAAGAUGGUAUCUUGAAGCUGAGGAAUGCUGGCAAUGAACAAGACUUGGGAGUACAGUACAAAGCCCUGAAACCUGAAGUGGAUAAGCUGAACAUUAUGGCAGCUAAAAGACAACAGGAAUUGAAAGAUGUGGGCCAUCGUGAUCAGAUGGCUGCAGCCAGAGGAAUCCUGCAGAAAAACGUUCCAAUCCUGUAUACUGCAUCUCAGGCUUGCUUACAACACCCUGAUGUCGCAGCCUAUAAGGCCAACCGGGAUCUGAUAUACAAGCAGCUGCAGCAGGCAGUCACAGGCAUUUCCAAUGCUGCCCAGGCAACCGCGUCAGAUGAUGCUUCCCAGCACCAGGGUGGAGGAGGAGGAGAACUGGCAUAUGCUCUCAAUAAUUUUGAUAAACAAAUCAUUGUAGACCCUCUGAGCUUCAGUGAGGAGCGCUUUAGGCCAUCCCUAGAGGAACGCCUGGAAAGCAUCAUUAGUGGUGCUGCACUCAUGGCUGACUCAUCCUGCACGCGUGAUGACCGCCGUGAGCGAAUUGUGGCAGAGUGCAAUGCUGUCCGCCAGGCCCUGCAGGAUCUGCUCUCAGAGUACAUGGGCAAUGCUGGACGUAAAGAAAGAAGUGAUGCACUCAAUUCUGCAAUAGAUAAAAUGACAAAGAAGACCAGGGACUUGCGUAGACAGCUCCGCAAAGCUGUCAUGGACCACGUUUCCGAUUCCUUCCUGGAAACCAACGUUCCACUUUUAGUAUUGAUUGAAGCUGCAAAGAAUGGAAAUGAGAAAGAAGUUAAGGAAUAUGCCCAAGUUUUUCGUGAACAUGCCAACAAAUUGAUUGAGGUUGCCAACUUGGCCUGUUCCAUCUCAAACAAUGAAGAAGGUGUAAAGCUUGUUCGAAUGUCCGCAAGCCAGUUAGAAGCCCUCUGUCCUCAGGUUAUUAAUGCUGCAUUGGCUUUAGCAGCAAAACCUCAGAGUAAAUUGGCUCAAGAGAAUAUGGAUCUUUUUAAAGAACAGUGGGAAAAACAAGUCCGUGUUCUCACAGAUGCUGUUGAUGAUAUUACAUCCAUUGAUGACUUCUUGGCUGUCUCAGAGAAUCAUAUUUUGGAAGAUGUGAACAAAUGUGUCAUUGCUCUCCAAGAGAAAGAUGUGGAUGGGCUGGACCGCACAGCUGGUGCAAUUAGAGGCCGAGCAGCCCGGGUCAUUCAUGUAGUAACCUCAGAGAUGGACAACUAUGAGCCCGGAGUCUACACAGAGAAAGUUCUGGAAGCUACCAAGCUGCUUUCCAACACAGUCAUGCCUCGUUUCACCGAGCAAGUGGAAGCAGCCGUGGAAGCCCUCAGCUCAGAUCCUGCCCAGCCCAUGGAUGAGAAUGAGUUUAUUGAUGCCUCCCGCCUCGUGUACGAUGGCAUCCGGGACAUCAGGAAAGCGGUGCUGAUGAUAAGGACCCCUGAGGAACUGGAUGACUCCGACUUUGAGACGGAAGACUUUGAUGUCAGAAGUAGGACAAGUGUCCAGACAGAAGAUGACCAGCUGAUAGCUGGCCAGAGUGCCCGGGCGAUCAUGGCUCAGCUUCCCCAGGAGCAAAAAGCAAAGAUUGCGGAACAAGUGGCCAGCUUCCAAGAAGAAAAGAGCAAGCUGGAUGCUGAAGUGUCCAAAUGGGAUGAUAGUGGCAACGACAUCAUCGUGCUGGCCAAGCAGAUGUGCAUGAUCAUGAUGGAGAUGACAGACUUCACCCGAGGUAAAGGGCCACUCAAAAACACAUCAGAUGUGAUCAGUGCUGCCAAGAAAAUUGCUGAGGCAGGAUCAAGGAUGGAUAAGCUUGGGCGAACCAUUGCAGACCAUUGCCCGGACUCAGCCUGCAAGCAGGACCUGCUGGCAUAUCUGCAGCGCAUAGCCCUCUACUGCCACCAGCUCAACAUCUGCAGCAAGGUGAAGGCUGAGGUGCAGAACCUUGGCGGAGAGCUCGUUGUCUCCGGGGUGGACAGCGCCAUGUCCCUGAUUCAGGCAGCCAAGAACUUGAUGAAUGCCGUAGUGCAGACAGUGAAGGCAUCCUACGUAGCCUCUACCAAAUACCAAAAGUCUCAGGGUAUGGCUUCCCUCAACCUUCCUGCCGUGUCAUGGAAGAUGAAGGCGCCUGAGAAGAAGCCAUUGGUGAAGAGAGAGAAGCAGGAUGAGACACAGACCAAGAUUAAGCGGGCAUCACAGAAGAAGCAUGUCAACCCUGUGCAGGCGCUCAGUGAGUUCAAAGCCAUGGAAAGCAUUUGAGCCCCUGCUCGACAGCUGCCUAACCCCAGGGCUCCUGGAGAUCAGUUACUAUUCUGCACCCAAUGCAUUUAUUAAGUAGAGAACCUAACACUAAUGUUAGCUCCCACAGAGGAAGUGGCAGAUCUGAACCCAGCCGGUAAAUUCUGCAAGGACAUUACAUACUUGUAAGUUGGUCACAAAAUGCUUUUAGAAUUCAAAGGAUAUUUCUAGCUAUAUUUUUUAUAAACUUAAAUAAAAGUUCCAUAACCAAAGAGAAUCUCACAUUCACUUGUCAGUAGCACUCUUGCCCCUGUGGGGCCGCCUGGGUGCUCGCUGGGUGGCUCAGGAGUGAGUGGCCCCCACCAACCCAGGGGCUGCAGUGAGGUGCUGAAUGACCAAAGGUGAUCUGGGUAUCUUAGGAAACAGUCUCUGGAAAAGGAAUGUGGUAGAGAGGUAGACCUUCCAAGGGGUAAACCAUGUGAAACAGUAACAUAAUGUAUCCUGAAGAAAACUGAUUACUCUUUAUGAAAUGAAAUGAAAGCUAUAAUGCAUAGCUACAAUUACUAAUGUACUCUGCUGCAGGACAUUAAUAAAGCUGCUUUUCUUGGGUUAGGCUGUUCUGAUACCAUAGUCAGAACUUGCUCCCCCCCCCCGCCCCCUUUCUUCAGCCUCAAAUGCAAAUUUCGUCAGUGGGCUCACUAAUGAGGGCAAUGUUUCCUGCCUUGGGCUUGCAGCUGAAGCCUGACGAGUAGUUUUUCCUUAGGCAAUAGUUUUAGACUUUAUCUUAUUUGCGAUUACUAUAGCUACAAGGUAUAAUUUUUCUGUCUUAUUUAAAUUUUAUGAAUUUGAAUGUUUUUUACACUAACUUUUCUCAAUAAAGUUCACUCUGAAGCCAA